AUGUUCAAGCGACUCAGCAAGGCCAGUGCACAUCGUGAGCAGGUCGACAAUGACGAAGAAUAUGUACCACUAGAUGCAGCACUGGAUGAUGAUAGUCAAAGUGAGGAGGAACAAGCUGAUAGCGAAGAAGAAGAGGACGAUAGCGACGAGGAAGAAGAGGAUGAGACGGCCCUGACGGUGGCCCACGCGAUGGAGAGCCCCAUCUACAUGGAUGAUGAGCAGCCAGAGUCCCCGUACCGUUUUCGUUGUGUCGCUUGCCCGAUUGUUCUGUUAAAAAGUGAGAAGAGCAUUGAUGUGCACCUGGAGAGCAAGAAUCACAAGCGACGUCACGCGCGUUUUGUGGCGUUUGCCAAGACGGAAAUGGAGCGUGAAGGAGCGCACGUCAUGCGCAUUGAUCCACGUACGCUCGUUGAUUUGCUCGAAGAUCAGCGGGCUAUGGAAGCAAAGCAGGCAAGACAGGAGGUGCCCACCAAACGCAAGCGCGACACGUCGCAUGUACCUCGUGUCGAGCGACGCAAGAUGAGACGUGCUGUGCGUCGCGAGAGACGAGAAUUAGAGCGCAAGACAUCAGCUUAA